AUGGAGAUGGAAGCGACAGCGCUGGCUGAUAACAGGAGCCUGAAGGAGCAGAACGAUGAACUGAACGGGCAGAUCAUCAACCUGAGCAUCCAGGGAGCCAAGAACCUGUUCUCAGCCUCCUUCUCUGAGUCCCUGGCAGCAGAGAUCAGCUCUGUCUCCAGAGAUGAGCUCAUGGAAGCAAUCCAGAAGCAGGAGGAGAUCAACUACCGCCUGCAGGAUUACAUCGACAGGAUCAUCGUGGCCAUCAUGGAGACCAACCCCUCCAUCCUGGAGGUCAAGUAAAGGCAGCCAGGAGCUGCUCUCGGUGGUGGAUUUGGUGCUCUGAGAGGAUGAAGAGGGACUCCAGACGUCUUUGCACUUGAUGAAGGCACAAGGAAGCCUCAGGUCGGGGGGUGACUGAGCCACGGACCAGGGCAAAGGAAAACCAGCAGCCAGGCUUUGUUGUCUGACUCCGUUACUCUGAAGCCCUCCUGGCCGAGGAGGGGCGAAAGGGAACCUGGAGAAGGAGCUCAGGAAAGGGACACUGCAGGAAGUGCCUGUGGCGCUGGGGACUGUCCCAAAGGCCCCGGGCCCCUCCCAGGGAUGGAGAUGGAAGCGACAGCGCUGGCUGUGCCCUGCUGCCCCGCCCAGCCCGAGCCUCUGCUGUGCCAAAGUGUCCCUGACGCGCUCACCGGGCAGAGCUGGGGGCAGGGAAGGCGUCCCGGACUCACACGGGCUUGGGGUUUGGUUUUGUUUGGGGGUUUUGUUUUGUUUUUUUUUUUAAUUAACUUAAUGCAAAUGUCCUCCUCCAGCUGGCUCAGCCCCGGCUCAGAGCCCUCGCUGGCUGCAGGGGCAGCCCGGGGCUGCUGGGGACAGGGCGUGAGCGCCCUCGGUCACCUGCCUCUUUAUUUAUUUGUGCUGUCUGUGGCUCGGUACUGUCGGCACCUCUCGGCACUCCUCCUCCUCCUCCUCCUCCUCCUCCUCCUCCUCCUGCCGGGCUCCGGGGGGAGCUGCUCGUCCCCAGCCGGGGACAGACAC